CUCGGAUGAGAAGCGUGAGAGGAGAGUCUGUAGACUGAUUACGACAUGAACUAAAACUCAUGGCGUAAACUCUGAACGCUGGAGUCAGCCAGGGAUAUCCCGAAGGAAACCAUGCACACUAGAUAUGGAGCUCUUUGGGAUACUAUUGAAUUCUCUCGGGUUUGGCUUAUUGUCAGCAUCGAAACACUGGUGUUGGUAUGCGGUCAAAAAGGCAAUGGGUGUGGACACACAGUCCUCAGUCCCACCAGUGGCACACUGACCUCGUUGAACUUCCCGGGAACCUACCCUAACCACACCCAGUGUGAGUGGAGCCUAAGAGUACCGAAGGGCCAGACGCUGCUCUUGACCUUUGGGGACUUUGACUUGGAGAGAAGCCAAGACUGCAUAUCUGGCUCUCUUACCAUCACAGACACCAGUGGAGCCAUUAGAGUGGGUCCUCUGUGUGGGCAGCUGUCCACCACAAACAGGAAUAUAACUGUGAGUACUAAUGAAGUCUCGGUGCAUUUCAUCUCUGGCACUCACCGUUCAGGACGGGGCUUCGUUAUGUCCUAUUCAACCAAUCAGCACUCAGAACUCAUUUCAUGUCUGCAUCGAGGAACACAUUUCUCCUCUCAACAGAUUAGUGCAUUCUGUCCUGCAGGCUGCAAAGACGUCACCGGAGAAAUCUGGGGCUGGCAUGGCCAAGGAUACCGGGAUACCUCUGUAUUAUGCAAAGCUGCGAUCCAUGCGGGCGUAAUUUCAAACAGUUUGGGAGGCAUGAUCAACGUGUCUCUGCAAAGGGGCAUUACCUUGUAUGAGUCACACUUUGCUAACGGAGUACUCUCAAAAACUGGUUCCUUGUCAGAUAAACGACUUGUCUUCCACAAAGAGUGUGACCGGGAGCUGACGGUGGUGGCCUAUAACACUUCUUCAGUGUGGGAGGAGGUGAACAGAUUAGGUCAGAGGGUCUCCUGGUCUCCGGGACAUGCGGGAUCUCAGUGGGCUGCGAGCUCUGGGGAUCAGCAACCGUGGAUGGAGAUCGAGCUGUGGAACAGGAGUAGUGUCACAGGCAUCAUAACAAAGGGAACGCCGCAUUACUACAUUGAAUCUUACACCCUCAUGUUCAGCAAAGACCGCAAGAACUGGAAAGUCUACAAAGCAACAUCAAGCAAAAAUAAGAAGGUGUUUGAGGCCCAUUCUGAUGGUCAUGUGACUGUACUCAACAGUCUGAUUCCUCCAGUAGUUGCACGCUACCUCCUUGUGAAACCCCAGAAGUGGCAUAUCAGGGCCUCUGCACAGGUUCAAGUGCUGGGCUGCCCUUCCUCCCCCUUUAGACCCCGUUCCCAAGGAGAUGAAUUGAAUACUGGGAAAGCAGUUGUCACAGCGACUGUGCGUCUAGACACGCUGUCCACUGAGGGUCCUGUCAUCAUAAGAAGCUCAGGCCUCAGUCAAGCAGUGAUAUUAGUGGCAGGCAUGGUUUUGGGAGCAGCUCUGUGUGUGGGUUGCCUUCUAGCUGGGCUUAUUUGGUGGAGAAGAAAAAGAAAUGCACAAAUAAAGAAAUGCUGCGUUGACCAAGGCUGUCAGGGUUUCCACGGGAAGAAGCUUCCAUGCACAAACCCAGAGCUUGUAUCUUACCCUCUGGUUCGGAACAUCCACGAUGCUCUUCCCAACCCUCCUCUCAAUGAUUAUGCUGAGCCUGAUGUAGUAGCAGGUGGGCAGAUGAUGGGUCUCACAUUCCGACCCCCCCUGGAAGAGGGCUACACAGUCCCCUUCUCCCUCAACCACUACGACACCCCUGGACAGCUUCCCGAAUACGCCCACCCCCUGCCUCCCGAACCAGAAUAUGCAACUCCCUUCAGCGAAAUGUCCACAGACUCAACACUGGACAGCCGACAGAAUCUACCUGUGUGUCGAGAGCUGAGCCAACAACAAUAUGACUGCCCCGCACACAGAGUGAUCUCAAACGGGUACUGUACUCCAGUCUCACAUGGUACUAGCCAACAUAAGGCUAGUGUGAUCUACUUUGAGCCCCAGAAAGUAGAACCACUAUUACAUACCUACCAUGAACCACUUUGAACCAACGUGGCAUCUCCUACUGAAGACAGUUUGUGACGUUUGUGCUGUUAUACUGCUGUUUAUAGUGUAACUUAAUGAUUUAUGCUGUUUGAUAGCAUCAGGGAUCGGCAUGUUAGAGGAAAUGAUUAUUUGGAGAAGUGCUUUUAUAAGGACUGCUGUAUUGUUCAGAUAACCACUGAACCUAUAUGUGCAUUUUU